GAGCCGUUUUGCCAGGCAGAGCAGAAGUCAGAGGGCGACACGAGAGGGGAGGCGCAAUCCGGACCGUACGGCGGCCAUCAACGGUCCAGUACCCAGCGGCCCCAUCACUCGUUCCUCACCCUCCCGGUCUCCCUGUUCCUCUCUACCCAGCAUCGCCUCCCCCCGUCGCCUUCGCCUCAGAUCGGCGAAGCGAGGCGAGCAGGGGGGCAGCUCCGGAUCGGAUCCGCCGCCACGGAAAGCCGAGGCCAUGGAGACGCCGCCGCCGUUCCAGGAGUCCGCCCACUGCGACGUCUGCCACCGCACCUUCUCCACCUUCCGCCGCCGCCAUCACUGCCGCAGCUGCGGGAGGACGCUCUGCCACGAGCACUCUUCGUACCACAUGGCUCUGCCGCAGUACGGGAUAUAUACCGACGUCAGAGUCUGCUACGAUUGCUUCAACAAAUCCUCAAGCCGUGGGCGUGCUGAUAAUACGGGGUCACCUGGGAACAUUUCUAGUGCAACUGAAUCCUUUUCAGGGCUAAACUUGGGUAAAGAGGAUCUUUCGUCGCCUACAAAGAAUUCGUCGGUUCAGGGCGCAACAGUCCUUAUCGAGUGCAAAUGUGGGAUGCCUUUGUGCAUAUGCGAAGCACCGAAGCCGGAACCUGCACCUAUAAAGCAGAAUAUCGGUGCUGUUUCCUCAACUGCACAAUCAAACCCAAGACCAAAGAAAUCUGCCCCCAUCCAACAGAAGGCUUCAGCUACUUCCAGCAGCAACUCAAGCUCAUUCUUAAAUCUGAUAAGCAAUGAUAGCAACGAUAAGGGUCUGUCUGAUUUUGAAGUUAGUGGGGAGGGGCUGAGAGAGGCAAUUAAAAGUGGGGAUGUUAAUGGUGUGAAGAAACUUCUUAGCCAGGGAGUGGAUUCUAACUACUGCGACAAACAAGGAUUUACUUUGCUACAUUUGGCAGCGCUAUUUAACCAGACCGAGAUUGCUCUUGUUCUUAUGGAUCAUGGAGCAAAUGUUCAAAGCAAAAAUGGACAAGGGGAAACUCCUUUGGACUGUGCUCCAGCCAUGCUGCAGUACAAAAUGCGACAAAGGAUUGAAGAACUCGCGGCGCCACAGAGAUCCGAGCGAUAGCGUUCAAGCUUUUUCAGCUAGUUCUUCCCUUUCCUCUGUGUGUCAAAGAUGGUGCUCCGCUUCUUGCUAGGGGUACAGUACUUUGGGCUGCCACCAUCAUCCAGAAACGUUGGAAUGCCAGUCACAAAUGGUUUUUUUGCCGUUUAAUAAUCCAUCCAGCUUAAUCUUACUGUUUAGUCAUGUAUCUAUGUGGGGAGCCGGCAAAUUUUUCCGAAAUAUCCAUGAACUCUUAAUUUUACUGUAUAGUCAUGAUUUUUAUAUAUAUAUAUCUUGACUCGACAGCAUUCUGGUGGUA